AGCGAACCCAAACCAGUAUGUCGUGCUAUUCGCUCCAUUCGGGCAGGAUAUCUUCCAAUUUUGACGCAGAUUCGCCCUGCGGCAUUCCGAACGCAACUUAUCCCCACGUGCAAUGUUGUGUAAAGGGUGACUAUUGUAUGAGCAAUGGCAUCUGCCACUUUUCCAAAAAUAAUUCGGACAAUGGAUACUAUACCGCAGAUUGCACGGAUCCAACACUCCAGGACCCGGCAUGCAUGAACCGAUGUGGCAGUCAACCUGGUUCAAUCAUAGACUAUGACAACAAUACAGGGCUUUGGGCCUGUUGCUCAUAUACCAGUGAUGGAAAGGCCAAUUGCUCAAGCCUUUCUGAUGAGAAAUUCCUUGCUCCAGCACCCAGCAAACUGGUUACAAUUCAAUAUCUGCCCCCCACCGGCACACCGGCAUAUGCGACUCCGACUGAUGUUGUGUCUACACCGCUUGUGAAUUCUACCGGCAGUCAGAUAGGCGCUGGUGCUGUGGCUGGGAUUGGGGUAGGGGUUGGUGUUGGUGUAUUUUUGCUUGCGACGACUUGCGUAUUCUUCUAUCUUCGAUGGAGGAGAUCAUCGCAACAUAGAGUUAUAGCGUCGAAGUCUUGGACCGAGUCAGUAUCUGGAGUACAGCAGCCGCAAACAGUUCUUAGAUAUGAACUUGGAAAGUCUGAACCCCGUCCACAGGAGCUUGCAUAACGAACUCCGAUUGUUAAACUGUAUUUCUAUAUUCUACUUACCAUACUUAGGCUUUGAAAUCGAUGUUGUCGAAAUGUGUAACAGUACACGGGAGGUUCAGCACCAUAGUCAUGUAUGCGGCACGCCUACUCACUGCGCCGUGGAGGUGCCUCUCGC